UGAGGAAUGGAGUGUAGUAGUUUUUCGCACGUAACAAAUCCGAUGUUUUCGUAUUCCAAUAAUUUAGGGGUCUGUUCAAAUCAGAUAAUAGCAAAUUCAUAUGAUUGUGUAAAGAUUGAGCCCAGUUUUCCAGAAGAAAUGGGACGAACUCCAAUGAAAGAAAUCAAUAACAUAGAAUCAAACAUGCGAGUUGAAAGUGCUGUUCAGAAUUAUGAACACAAUAUUCCUUCCCCAUACACUAAUUCAUCAUAUUCGGAUAAUUUUUCGAACUACGCAAUCAAGAACGAUUAUCCCACUUAUCAAUUACCUGGGUAUACGUACUAUCCUCAGAAUGACAUGAUAAACUAUUCAUGCAUUCCACCUCAUAAUUAUUCAUAUGAACAUAACUAUUCACCUGAACAAUUGGAUAAUAUCCCUCAUUCGUUCAGUUGUCAUCAAACCUAUGAAUGUUAUUCAUCAUAUUUACCUAUCCGAAACCAAAGCAGAGUCUUCCCCAUUAAAGUUGAAUCUCCGGAUAGUGAUACUGAAAAUAGUUGCUUUUCGACCAAAGAUGAACAGACAAAGAAAAAGUAUGCGUGCACAUUUCCUGGUUGUGAGAAAAGAUACUUAAAGUCAAGUCAUUUAAAAGCUCAUUAUCGAAUUCAUACUGGUGAACGUCCAUUAGUUUGUGUAUUUCCUUAUCCACGUAAUAUAACUGGUAAAAUUCCGAUUAAUUCAUUGACUAUACCAAUAUGUGGGAAAACAUUUGCACGUUCAGAUGAAUUAACGAGACAUUUAAGAAAACAUUUAAAUUUACGACCAUUCAAGUGCAAUUUAUGUUCAAAAACAUUUAGUAGAUCUGAUCAUUGUAAAACACAUCAACGUACUCAUUUACAUGGUCUCGAUAAAACAACUCCAUAUUCCAAUAAACAUACUAGUAAUGAAAUAAAUAACGAUUAUAUUCAUUCCUCAACACAUUUAAUAACAUCAGCAGAAGUGGGUGUGAAUUCUUUCAUUAAUCCUUUACCACCAACAUCAUUGUCAUCGUCAUCAUCAUCACAUCGGUCAUUUCCGAUGAAUACAGAAUAUUCACAAUCAUUAUCAUCAUUAAGAUCAGAUUCUUUAUCUUUAACUUCCUCUUCUAUACAUUUCCCAAUAUAAACACUUCAAUAAUAAAGUGUUAAUUUCACUUUUUUUCUCUUCGGUUAAUUUAAUUGACAAUUAAGCACUUUAUUUUUGGGAAACCAAAGCCCGGUAAUUAUCAUAUCUUUCGUUAUUUGGAAUAGGCUAAUAUUUAUUUUCGAAAUUAAAAAAAACGAAGGGGUAAAAACAUACUGGUUUUUGUUCAUUUAACAGAUUCUUUUAUUAACUUAUGUCGUACAGAUUUCCAUAUGAUUGGGUCAUCUUAUUUCUUUUUGAAGAUACAUAUUUUUGCUGUCAAAAUAACCUAAACAGAUUUUUUUUAACCAAAGAGUUGUUAUUUUAUUCUUUUUAUUCUGUAUAAUGUGUAAAUAAAACGUUUUACCAUAUGA